CCAAUAUCUCUUUGGACCAGCAGCACGAAGCUAGCUAGCCGCUAGCCGCGGAACCCGCGUUGCGAGCGCCGGCCGCCCUCCACGCCGCGGCCCCCCGCCGCGCGGCGCGCACCGCCCAGGCGACAACCCCCCAGCGACAACAACCAUGCAGGACGGCCUGAGCCGCGCCCGCGUCUACGCCGACGCCAACGCGCGGCGGCCCCGCGAGUACUGGGACUACGAGAGUCUGACGGUGCGCUGGGGCGAGCAGGAGGACUACGAGGUGGUGCGGAAGAUCGGCCGGGGCAAGUACUCCGAGGUCUUCGAGGGCGUGAACGUCGCGAACGACUGCAAGUGCGUCGUCAAGAUCCUGAAACCCGUCAAGAAGAAGAAGAUCAAGCGCGAGAUCAAGAUCCUGCAAAAUCUGUGCGGCCAGACGAACAUCAUUCGGCUGCUCGACGUCGUGCGCGACCCGCAGUCGAAGACGCCGUCGCUCGUCUUCGAGCAUGUCAAUAACGCGGACUUUAAGGUCCUGUACCCUACCUUAAAAGACGCGGACGUGCGCUACUACAUCGACCAACUACUCAUUGCUCUGGACUGCUGCCACAAAAACGGCAUCAUGCACCGCGACGUCAAGCCCCACAACGUCAUGAUCGACCACGAGAAGCGGGAGCUGCGCCUCAUCGAUUGGGGGCUGGCCGAGUUUUAUCAUGCCGGGCGGGAGUACAACGUGCGCGUCGCGUCGCGGUACUUCAAGGGGCCCGAGCUGCUCGUGGACCUCCAGGAGUACGACUACGCGCUGGACAUGUGGUCGUUAGGGUGCAUGGUCGCGGGCAUGAUCUUCCGGCGCGAGCCGUUCUUCCACGGUCUUUGGACGGUGUCGAUCGUGGUCGCGCGUAGCCCUCGGACGUCGCGCGUGUCCGCGCAGGCCACGACAACUACGACCAGCUCGUGAAGAUCGUCAAGGUCCUGGGCACGGAGGAGCUCUUCCGCUACCUGGACGCCUACGACUUGGAGCUCGACCCGCAUUUCGACGGGCUGAUCGGCCGGCAGCCGAAGAAGGCGUGGGAGAAGUUCAUCAACGUCGAGAACCAGCACCUCGCGCGGACUCGGCGUCGCCGUUGACCUUCAACUUUUGAUCUGGUCGCCUUGGUGGUCCCGGGAGAGUCGACGCGGCGCAGGUCAGCGAGGAGGGUAUCGAUUUUGUGGCCAAGUUGUUGCGCUACGACCACCAGGAGCGAUUGACGGCGCGCGAGGCCAUGUGCCACGCGUGGUUCGACGCGGUCGAGGGCCGGGACCUCGUCGCGCGGGGCGUCGAUCGCAACGAUCCGAACGCGCACGCGCUGCCGGGGAAGAUGUAG